GUGACUUGAGAAUGACGCCCCUUUCCUCCUAAUAUGGAAAAUAGGGAAAUGGCUGCAGAUAUAGGAGGAAGUGAAUGAGAGAUAAACUAGAAAGAAGCACAUUGGAGCAGGCUUGGGGGAUUCUCUUCCCAGCUUGGCUUCAGGUCCCUGAAGGGCGUUGAGCACCUGUGAGCACCCAGGCGAGGAGAGGAGCCAGGACCAUGUGGCUGUGCCCUGCUCUGCUCCUGGUCAUCCUGUCAGGCUACUCCACUGCUGAGAAUCUACUCACUGGUCCAGGAGCAGCAAGAGGCCGGGAGCGGGGCUCACUGACCGUGCAGUGUCGUUAUGAGCCAGGCUGGGAAACCCACAGGAAGUGGUGGUGUCGAGGCGCAGAUUUUCGCAGCUGUAGGAUCCUUGUCAUGACCACUGGAUCAGAGCAGGAAGUGAGGAGGGACCGUGUGUCCAUCAGGGACAGACACAAAAACCACACGUUCACGGUGACCAUGGAGGAGCUCAGGAGAGAUGACGCUGACACUUACUGGUGUGGGAUCGAGAGAACCGGAAUUGACCUUUCAGUCCCAGUUGAGGUGACCAUUGACCCAGGCUACUCCACUUCCAGUAAUCCACUCACUGGUCCAGGAGCAGCAAGAGGCCGGGAGCGGGGCUCACUGACCGUGCAGUGUCGUUAUGAGCCAGGCUUGGAAAGGCACAGGAAGUGGUGGUGUCGAGGUGCUCAUUGGCGCAGCUGCAGGAUCCUUGUCAUGACCACUGGAUCAGAGCAGGAGGUGAAGAAGGACCGUGUGUCCAUCAGGGACAGUCACAAAAACCACACGUUCACGGUGACCAUGGAGGAGCUCAGGAGAGACGACGCUGACACUUACUGGUGUGGGAUCGAGAGAACCGGAAUUGACUUUGCAGUCCCAGUUGAGGUGACCAUUGCCCCAGCCCCAGGAAGGACAACCAUGGCGGCAAGUGUGGCUUUCACACCUUCAACCAGUAUGAAGACCACCAGCUCUGUCACCAGGUCCCUGCUCGGCAGCACCUACUUCCUGCUGCUGGUGCUCCUGGAGCUGCCCCUGAUCCUGAGCAUGCUGGGCGUCGUCCUCUGGGUGAACAGGCCCUGGAGAGGCUCUGCAGGGAGGCCGGGUCGGCGCGAUGAUGAGAACCGGUAGCCCGAUGUCCACGGCUGCCUGUGCAGAGACAGCCUCCGACAGAAGAACAGCGUUUCUAACAGGAGGUGACUGUGGCUCUAGAGGCAGUGCCAGACUAGCUUUAGGGAACAGCCCCCAUGACCCCUGGCCUGCAGAUGAGAUUCCCUGGCCAUGAGGUCGCACAUCACAUCCUUUCUAUUGUCACCAUAACCCUCCUGUUAAUGUGGCAGCCCCCGCGUCCCCCAGCCGUGCCUCUUGGGGCUCGGGGACUCUCCCUGGCCCCUGCUUCUCUGCGUAGCCGCUGGGGCCGGACAGAGCCUUCCUUUCUCCAGCGCAGUGGAAAAUGCAUUUCCUCCUGGGCGCCCCGGCCAUGGCAGACACAUGUAGUCUCGAGUCUGAGGCCCCUUCGAUGUUAGUGGACUUUCUUUUGCCUUCCAUGAGGUUUGGGGCUCCAGGCAAGAAUGGGUCUCAGAAUUCUAAAUCCCAUGAAAAUAGAGAGACUGAACCAAACUCUGGUCGUGGACUGACGGUGCGUGAAGACUUGAAUGCACAGCGAGCAAGGGCUCUCGCUGCCCGGCCGGCGGCACUUUCGCCACUUGUGGGGGAGGGAAGUCUGGAGCCAGCCCCAUCCCUCACCUCCUGGACAUGCACAAGUGGACAUGAGACCGGACAUCACAUCCUCUCUAUUGUCACCAUAACCCUCCCGUUGAUGCGGCAAAAUUGUCUUACCUCUCUUGGGAGCACUGCAGUCGGGCUGCUCCUCUCGCUCUGGGGUGCAGGGGAGAGAACCAUGCGUUUUGGGGACCGUGGAGUAAUCUACAGCUGAGACACUGGAGCAGGAACAGAGCUGGCCACUGUGAGCCGGGGGGCCGGAGGGAGGGGCGAGGCUAGGAGUGGUCUCCCGGUCCUCGUAUUGGACCCUAGACUGAACAUCCACCAGGAUGGAUGGAAGCUUUUCCCAAUGCUUAAUUCUAUAAGGACACCGGCGAGUCACUUUAUAAAGAAGAAAAGACAGCUGUUUUCUUCCUCUCAAGGUCCUCCCCAUGGACUUUUCCUUCCAGGCAGCUCCAGGGCCAAAAGAGGCCAGUAACCUGAAGGUGGGCUAGGGAACCGGCAGGCCCUGCCCGACAAGGAGUCAAAGACCCCAACCAAGGUCUCUGAUCAAACAGGAGCUGGUGGAGAAACCGGCCAAAACCAGUUAGAGCCAAGAUGGCGAUGGAAACUGGCCUCAGGCUACCCUCGCUGCUCGCACUGCAUUCCUGUACUCAGUUAAGCCCCCACCAGGGCUGUGGCAGUUUACAAAUGUCAUUGCAUGUCCUGGAAGUUACCCUAUAUGGUUUAAAGGGUAACCAUAUGGUUACCUUGUAUGGUUUAAAAGUUCCUGUUUGAAACAGGAACUCCUUGCCUGUUUCCCAGAAAUCUCAUGAAUAAUCCUCCCUCUGCUGAAUGUAAAAUUAAAUAGAAGAUAUAAAAUAGGACCCGGGAAACUGACGCAGGGCUGCUCCCUGUUGCUCGCAGAGAUGCCUGCUGCUCUGUCCGUGGGACAGCCACCCGGUUUUCCUUUUCAUUCAGCAAUAAACUUGCUUUUGUCUUGCU